UCCCCCUAAAAUAAAACUUCAGUGCAUGUUCCUGGGUAAGCUCACUGCCUGAGUCCAGAGCCAGCUAACUGUAAUGAAUGACCAGUCCUCCGCAGGGGAAGAGGAGCCCAGAGACUAUGGCAGCAUCCUGGGGGACAGUGAGGAUAGCGGGGAAGAGCUCAGCGCCGAGGGUGCGCUGGAGUCUUCCUGGGAGAGACUCCCCGUGCUGGAGCGCCUAGGACUCAGCAGUAUGGAGAUGACAGAUCAGGAGGUGGAGGACUCCUUUGUGCAGUUGGCCCUGGCUUUCCGCUGUGACCAGUACACUCUGAAGAGGAGGCUGCAGGCGGAGGAGCACGACCGCUGCGUGGCUGAGGAGAACCUGCACCUGGAGCUGGAGAGGACCAAGGACACGCUGCAGUCCCUGAAGGUGCGGUGUCAGGACAGGGAACGCAAGGAGGUCCUGGAGAAGCUGGAGCUCAGUCUGGAGAGCAUCGGAGGAACGGUCGAGGGAAUCAUCACCGCCGCCGAACAGCUGGGCACUGUGCACCAGGAGGCUCGCGUGACCCACGCCGUGGAGCUGAUGGUGUCCCAUGUAGACAACCUGAACCGGCGGCAUGCGACAGAGAGCUCCGAGCUGGACGAGACCAGGAGGCUGGUGUACAAGACCCGCGGCCGCUUUUACAGUGAUUCCACAGAUGAUGUUGAUAUGAGACACUGUCUAAUAAGGCAACCUUCCCAGCAGUAUCUCACUCGAAGAAGAGUUAGCGUCACGCUAAUACCAACAAUGGCACAGAUCAAUGACCAGGAGUCAAAGUUAACUGACAGUGUCACAACCAAUGGGGAUACAGACUCCACAAGAUCUGAGAGAGUCAUUGGACAACCUGGUUCCUCAAAAGAAAUUUUGUUGAAGACCCGUAUCCUAGAGUGCACAGAGGAUGGUCCCCCUGUACAACAGCUGCAGCAGCUCACAAACAGCCCACAAGGAGAAGACCCUGACACCGUUUAUCUUAAAAGUCCCUUACAGGACGCGCUGUGUCACAGGAGGAAGUGUGUGGCAGCAAAGGAAGUGGAGAAUGCAGACUCAGAGGAGUACCAGGGCUCGGGCACUGAGAGCGAGUGCCAGUUCAGCGACUCUGAAGACGUUUUCUCAGAAUCAUCUACUCCCUUGACUGAACAGCGCCCCCCGGUGACUUGGCUGUGUCAAUGCUACUGGACACUCUUCUGGAUCUUCCUGAUGGCACUUUACUUAGCGAUAUUGCUGGGUGUCUUGCUCUGGCGUCUAAGAGCUCCCCUCUUCUGGCUAUGAUUCUAUACUGAUGAACCAGUGAGAAGAGGCACUCAGCUACUCAAGAUCGCAUGCAGAUUUAACAUAAAAGGACUAAGGUUCAGCUGACAACCAAGUCAUUAACUGAACAUAAUAAUGCUGGUGUAACAAUCACUACUACUGGCAAUUGAAAGAAUUCUGGAACAUUCCAAAAUAACCUAUUCUUCAGAGGGUUAUGUAAAUGAAACACCAUUUUGCAUUGGUCAUUUGCUAAUUAUUCUCUGGAAACACUUGGCAGCACAGACACACCAACAUUCCUUCCCGAGGCCCUGGGUUUUCUGUCUGUGGGCGAGGAGAGCUCCCUGACUGGCCAAAUCCAGCCUUGUUUUCAAUGGAGUUCUCUGUUCAACCUUUACAGUAUGGUCACAAUACAGACACUACUGUAUAUAUUCUGUGUAGUCACACACAUAUAUCUUUCGCUUUUUUGUCUCUAAUAACUAUCAAGAUGUUAAUAUAAUAUUUAAAACAGCCAUUUUAACGAUGUAUGUAAUCUCUGGGAUGGUUGGCCUAAAAUGUGUGAGGUGAGAGAGACUUCAUGUGCGAUGCGUUCUGUUGCACACAGUUUUUUUUAACAGUUGCCUUUACACACCUGUAGUUGAACCAGAUUCUCGAGCCGAUCCAGAUUGAGCAUUGAAAUUUAAUGUGGACAUUAAAAUCAUAUCUCUCUCUGUUUGCUGACAGCGUUGUUUAGACACCAGGGCCUUAAGCUGUAGCACUGUUUAAUAAACUUGGCUCUUUGUCUCGGUAUAAACUUAACUCAAAGUCAUUGUAAUACCUCCCAAUACUCUUCUUUCAUCAGAAAAUUGAUAAUAUCAAGCAAUACUCUCGGGCCUAGUACUUAUUAACUUAAAUAACUUAGUAGUUAUUUAUUUUAUCUCAGAAUCCACUCGACCAUUUGUGCUAAUAAAGUUCCAUGGCACAGUCCUUUAUCCUCUCAAGACUUGGCUGACCAACUAAUGCAUUAUAAGUUUGUACAGAUUGCUUAUUUGACUUGUUAUCUCCAUUUAAAUGAGCAUUUCUAAAGACAAGGCUGAUCAUAAUUGCUCUUUAAGCAGCGGGCACAUUGUUUUGGGAAUGCCCUGAUGCGAUUAAACAUUUUUGGACAUUUGUUGUAGAUGUCUCCUGGCUACAAUGCAUGGAUAUUUGGUAAAACUUUACUUGAAGGCAUACAUAACACUGUAAUACAGAUGACAUAACUGCUGUAACAGGAUGGCAUAACAGUUGAUGCCAAAUUAUAUAAAACUGUCAUACUUGUAUUGGUAAUGUUAUGACGUUAUUUUCAUAAAAUGUACCCAAUUCAAUUAAAAAUGAGACGCCCCUUUAUCGACAGGCAUGACCAAGGGAUUGGGUGGGGUGGAAACUUGGAAUCAAUCUGAAGUCAGAUUGGUCAGCUUCAGUGUGUAUGGUAAGACCUGCUUUGAUACCUGAACACACACAGCUUUGUUAAGCCCCGUAGUCCUUAACUUAAUGGCCAUCCCUACAGUGCUCUCUAUUGUAUUUCAACUUAUUAUACCCUUCAGUGUCAGGGCGACAUUGAGUCUGCUCCCUUAUUUGUUAUUGUUAUGACUGAUUAAAGAUGAGAAGGCAUUGAAGCUUCAGCCAACACUGAA